CCUUUCAGGGCAUUCUCUCUAAAGCUGUAAGAUGGGAUGUUUUGAAAAAUAGCUAUUAUGAGGACAAAGAAUAUGAACAUGAAAUCAGAAAGAUGCUAGUCUCUCCUGAGAGAGGAAUUAGCCGAUUUUCAUCUAAAGACUGUUCUGUAGAAGAUUACCAUAAGGAUGUAGAGAAAGCCCUACUGCGAAUCAAGGAGGCAGGGUCACAGGUGGACAGUAUAGGGACCGCUAUACGUCAGCUAAGGACUGUGGAUGACUGGAAAGCUAAAUCAUUUUCUCCCAUUUCUCCUAACAUAUCUCAGACCAAUGUGAUCACUACAAAACAGUUGAAGUCCUUUGAUGCAGAAAUUCUGGACUUUAUGUGGGAAGUGAUGGAAGAGUUUACACACCUGGGUAAUUAUUCCGCUCCAGUGGACACGUCUGUUAUUUUAUCAGUUGUGGCGGAAUCUGAUGCUUAUAUACCCCGUGAUAAUGUGAUGACCCACCAGGACUUGUGGCCAGGUUCAAAGUUGAAGGUCAUUCCUGGAGGUCAUGUGUCAUCAGUAGUCAGCAGUAGGCAUUUAUUCAGACAAGCCAUUGUUGAGUGUUUGGAAAAGCACAGGACUUCUCAAAGUAUGCGUUGAUAUUCUAAUAGUGUGCCCAAGUCAUUAUCCAGCAGUAUUCAAGGUUGUCAAUGCAAAUCAAGUACAUUGCUCAUGUAUUUGUCACCUGCAAAGCAGAGUGUGAUUCUCAGGGAUCAUUUUGCACGGUGUUGGUCACAU